AUGCGGAAUGUGUUGUGCAGCACGUUCCUCAUCUCCCUCAGCGAGUUUGGAGCAAUCUUGACGUCAACUGGUCACAAGUCCCUAUCAGCUGCAAAGGUAGUAGUCAGGUGGAAGCGGAUCAACUUCACGAAGAGGUUACCUGCAAUGUCCUACAUGCAGAGAGACCUUAUAGAAAUUGGUUUGCUGACCUUUACAGAGAGAUUACAACGGUUAGUGGACGUAAACUCUGUCAUAGACUAUGAUUCGGAGUUUCACCAUCUCAUCGAUAAGGGACCAAGAGGAUCAGCCUGGUACCCCUUCUAUAAGUAUACAGGUUUACUUUACGUUCUCAAUGGGAGGAACUUCAGUACCUGUGAUGCGGUCUAUGUGGCAGGAGGUCGCCCCACUUACACAAAUACACACACUACACAUACACUAGCGUUUCUGCUUUUGCACACUGGGGACUCGUAUCGAUGGUGUUCGUUUAUGUGUCGUAACAAUUGUGACGUGUGCACGUGUGUGCUCGUGUGAGUGUUCCCUUUCGUCUCCACUUACUUCUAGAAACCAAGGGAAUUCGGAAGGUUAGACUGCAUUGCAAAGGUGAAUGUAACCAUUUCCAAGCAUACUUUAAGAUUAAACGUAUACUAAAAUGUA